AUGGCGGGCUUGUUCCGAAGGAUGUAUGAUUGGUUGCUCAGGACGUUUUGGGCAACGGAAAUGGAUGUGACCAUGAUCGGACUGCAAGCAGCAGGCAAGACGUCUCUGCUGCGUGUCCUUGCUGGCGGCGAAUUCACGAUCGACUCGAUCCCGACGGUCGGAUUCAAUAUGAAGCGUGUGCAACGGGGACACGUCACGCUCAAAUGCUGGGAUAUUGGUGGACAACCCCGUUUUCGGACCAUGUGGGAGAGGUACUGCCGAGGAGUGAACGCCAUCGUUUUCAUCGUCGACAUUGCCGAUGUAGAUCUGCUUCAGCAGGCCCGGGACGAACUCCAUGCGCUCAUGGAGCAGAACUCCUUGAAAGGCAUCCCCCUCCUCGUACUGGGCAACAAAUCUGAUCUGCCGAAUAAGCUGUCCGUUGAUGAGCUCAUCGAUGCUUUGGACCUCAAGACGAUCGGUCACCGCGAAGUCUGCUGUUACGGCAUCAGCGCCAAGGAGGAGACAAACUUGGAUGCUGUCAUUCAAUGGCUCAUGAAGUGGGCCAACAGGUGAAAUCGCAUGCUGCGUGAUGCCUUUGGGGCGACCAGCGGCUGCUGGCAGUGCGGGAGCUCAUUCGCACAGCAGGCUUCAAGCCGGCACGCGUUGGAUGCCUAUUUCGGUUUGCUGAGUAGUCGGCCUGGUGUGUAAUGGCUCAAGACGUCAGGGAGACGUGGAAAGUCGGCAAAUUUCGCAGUUCAUGAAGGAUUUUUUUACGAUUCUUCCGCCAUGAACAAAGAGAAGGCCUUCAUCUCAACACGAUGUACGUUUGGAAAGACUGCAUAACCACUCAGUCUUUGAUGGUUGGGUACAACAGUCUCGAAGGAGGAGAAAGCGUUGUGAAGCCUUUGUCGGAAGAAGAGCGGGGCAGACUAGGCUCAUGAUGUCUCCUCGUUACCGCGAGGUGUUUCAUUUUGUCCAGUGACGGGCAAUGCAACAUUGCGUAAGGCAGCGAGGCAACACGGCCAAUUGGAACUGGGCGGCUGACCAGCAUACGUUAACGAUGGAUGACGACGAUGAUACGAACUUUCCAAUUUUUCAGAUGAGAAAAUAUAACCACCGUGAGCAUAAGAG